AUGUCUGCUGCGAUGCCGAACUAUCAGCCUUCUAGGCGGCAGCAGGAGUAUCACAGCAGCUAUCAGCAUGCCCAACCUCAUUCACCCAUGCACUCUAUGCCGUACCAGAACUACGGCGGCCCUCCUCCGCAGCAUUAUUACACACCACCUCCGCAGAUUCACUAUCCGCAGCAGCCACGAUGGACACCGCAAUACAAUCCUGGAUAUCCACCGCAGCAGCAGCAGCAGCAGCAGCAUCAUCAAAUGAGGCAACAAUACCCUCAAAGCCCAGUCGUGGUUUCCACUCCGAAUCCAUACGGGCAGCCGCAACCAUCACCACAAGUCACACGACCUCCUCUGCCGCCACACGCACAGUCACGCACCGAUUACCAUUCACCAGCACGGAUACAGCCGCAAAUACAGUAUCACUCGCAGGCAUUUUCCACACCUCCACCUAUAAACAUGAAGCAAGAGCAAGCACAAGCGCCUCUACUACCAGAGGAGAUCCGACCAAAAGAAGAACACGUUAAGACAAUUGUAGAAGAGCCGAUAUCUGCAGUACAACCAAAAGCACCAACACCGGCGCCAGCAUCGAGGCGGGAGUCUACCGCACAGAGUCCUCUCUCCCUAGCACCUGAGCACAAGACGCCCUUCUACCCGGCACUUCCUUGGUAUUCAGUACCCGAGUCCAUCUUUCCACGCAGAGACAUGGCGCGCCGAAGGAGAACGCAAAAGCUGCACAGGACUACAGAUACUGUGGCACUACCAGCCGCGCCAAAUGCACCGCAGCAAGCAGCCCCGGCGCUACCGAAAGAGCCUUCAUCCGAAGUAUCCACAAUCGCCGCGCCAUCUGAGCCCGAAACUCCGGCCACAUCCCAGGCGCCAUCAGAAAGCGACUUCACGCAAGUUUCAACACCCGCGACGCCGGCACAUCCGUCUGCCGACUCACCUAAGAUCACACCUACACAGACGCAUGUACGGAGAGACACACGAUCAGCUAUCGCUGUGCCGAACAUACCCGGUCUGCCGAAGCAACGAGCAUCACCACCUGCAGCGCCAAAGCAAGAUGUGCCACUCACGACCGACACGGAGCAAACAACACCUACACCCGAGACACAGCCUGCCGCACAAGCAGACGAGCCGCAAGCACCAGUGCAGGAGCAGGAGGAACCUAAGACGCCACCACCUAAGGCAGCACCAAAGUCGUGGGCUGAUUUGGUUCGAACAAAGGGUGCCAAUGGUGCAGCCGCGCAAGCAAACGGCGCUGUUAUCACUAAUGGCAGCACGGUUCCGAAAAGUGCAACUCUGAGCGAUGCACUCCGUCAGUAUAGCGUCGAGCACGGCGUCACACUUUCUUUUCUCGAACCCCGUGGCCUCGUGAACACGGGGAACAUGUGUUAUAUGAACUCUAUCCUUCAAAUUCUUGUAUUUUGCGCACCUUUCUACGACUUCUUGGACCAGGUACGGCAACGCACGGUCCAUUCAUUGAAAAGCGAUACCCCUCUUGUCGAUGCGAUGAUUAUGUUCAUGCGGGAGUUCAAGGUACUUUCCAGCGCGGAGUCAAUGGGUUCUUUGCAGCGGACACUCAACCAGCAGCAACUGGAGCAGUAUGGUGAAGCCUUUGCGCCGGAGUAUGUGUACGAUGCGAUCCGGAAGCUGCCAAGAUUUAAUGGCAUGAGGCGAGGACACCAGCAGGAUGCUGAGGAAUUCAUGGGCUUUCUGCUCGAAGAACUGCACGACGAGUUUGCGCUCAUGAUGUCUAGCGCGGCAGAUGAGAAGCCACAGACCAAUGGCGCUCUCACACCUAGCGUCACAGAAUCGCCAAGCUCGGGAGACGGCUGGCUCGAGGUUGGACCGAAGCAAAAGGCUUCUGUGACACGGACAGCAGGUCACCAAGAAGCGCCCACACCUGUCACAAAGAUCUUCGGUGGUAACUUGCGCUCCGAGCUGCGCGUGCCAGGUCUCAAAGACUCUGUCACACUGGAGCCUUACAAGCCACUGCAGCUCGAUAUCGGCGCCUCGCACGUCAACAAUAUCAUCGAUGCCUUGAAGGGCAUCACCAGGACCGAGACUCUGACCGGUGACUUCGGCGGGCGAAGCAACACUGCCAAGAAGCAGGUCUUCAUCGACACUCUCCCACCAGUACUGGUGCUUCAUCUCAAGCGGUUCGAGUACAAUAGUAGCAUGACAGGUACUCAGAAGAUCUGGAAGAAGAUCGGCUACCCGCUGGAGCUUGAGAUUCCGAAGGAAGUCUUCACGCCUGCGAAGCGAAGUGGGCUUGCAGUCAAGGGCGGCACGCCGAAGUACAAGCUCAUUGGUGUUGUGUAUCACCAUGGGAAGUCAGCCGCAGGUGGGCACUACACAGUUGACCUCCUGCGCCAAGAUGGUCGUGAGUGGAUUCGCAUCGACGAUACAUUCAUCCGACGCAUCCGACCGGAGGACGUUGCCGAGGGUGGCGCAGAAGAGGACCCGAAGAUCCUGGCAAAGGCCCUCGAGCAACAUAAAGCAGACCAGGAUCUGCAGAAGCAACGAAACAUCUUCCAAGGGUUGGACGAGGCGGAUCGCGAGCCUGAGGAAGAAAAGCCAUGGUCUGAAGUCAAUGGCCAGGCUGCGGCUAAGAAGCAGUGGAGUGCUGCUGUCACCACGAACGGCACAGCAACUCCGACUAGCACGAACGGGAAGAGGACACCUACUGCCAAGAAGGAAGGUGUCAAGGACAACAAGGUGGCGUAUAUCUUGUUGUACGAGAAGAUUAGUGGUUGA